UUUCCGCUGUCGAAAGCAUUCUGUCUCGCCUGUACUCAGGCAAUAUAUCAGUCACCUAUACCUUUUAGGACCCCAGCUCUCGCCCAGUCUUUAAGUGUUCAGUACGCAUGCGCCUACUUCCUCUUUUCCCGGCUGGAAUCAUGGCGGGCGCAGAAGAAAAGAAGAAGCUUCCAUCUGUUCCAGAAUCCCUUCUGAAAAAGCGAAAGGCCUUUGCAAUACUGAAGGCCAAACGCUUGAAGAAGAAGAUGGCUAUAAAGAAGCUUCGAAAGAUACGGAGAAAAGUUAUCUAUGAAAAAGCUAAAGCCUAUCAUAAGGAGUACAGACAGAUGUACAGAAGUGAAAUCCGGCUGGCUAGAAUGGCACGCAAAGCUGGCAACUACUAUGUACCUGCUGAACCCAAGUUGGCUUUUGUGAUCAGAAUCAGAGGUAUCAAUGGUGUUAGCCCAAAGGUCCGCAAAGUAUUGCAGCUUCUUCGUCUUCGCCAGAUCUUCAAUGGUACCUUCGUUAAGCUUAACAAGGCUUCGAUUAACAUGCUGAGGAUCGUGGAACCAUAUAUUGCAUGGGGUUACCCAAACCUGAAGUCUGUGAAUGACUUGAUUUAUAAACGGGGUUAUGGCAAGAUCAAGAAACAGAGAAUUGCCCUGACUGAUAAUGCCCUUAUUGCAAAAUCUCUUGGUAAAUAUGGAAUUAUCUGCAUGGAGGACUUGAUCCAUGAGAUCUACACUGUUGGCAAGCACUUCAAAGCUGCCAACAAUUUCCUGUGGCCCUUCAAAUUAUCAUCUCCACGGGGUGGAAUGAAGAAAAAGACUACACAUUUUGUGGAAGGUGGAGAUGCUGGUAACAGGGAAGACCAGAUCAACAGGCUUAUUAGAAGAAUGAACUAAAGGUAUCUACCAUGAUUGUUUUUCUAAUGGUCUGUUAAUAAAAAUGCCUAUGAUAAACUGA